GCUUGCUUGGUAAGAGUCUAAAAAGUCGAGCAGCAUAGUAGGGGAUGCACUCAGUUGGUGACUACAUGGGCAGGGGAAGCACACAGCUUGGAACUAGAACUUGUCACGUUUUCAAUCACUGGAUGUGCGGAGAACACAAAUACCUCCCGUAGCAACCGUCCUGCCAGGAAGUUGGGAACAACACAUAGCAGCAAGACAACGCCUAAUACCUUCAGAGACCACUACACACCUGCUAACAACAUUGAUUUUUUUUACACAAGUCACACACUCCUACCUCCAAAAACUGGUCCCGUAGAGCUCCUCCCUGCUCCCACCCCACAGGUCUCUUCAGGCUGGUUGAAGCUCAUUGGAGUUUUUGAACGGCGCUGAUUAAUGAAUGGCGGUUUGUUGUUUUAGCAGGAGACAGGGACAUGUACAGCUGACUGCUGUAGGAUAAACAGACACUGUUGGGCACUUUAUCUGAAUGUGGUAUAAAUCCUAGAAGAACACGAUAAAAGUAGGAAAGCACUACAACAAUUUCUGGACAUAUACUGCGGAUGAGGCUUGGAGAAGGAACGGUGGCGAUCCAGUACAACCACUCAGAUGGCAUUGCAACAGAAGGUUAAGGUAUGGUUCGAUGAUGAUAUUCCUGUGUGCCCCAGAAGUCCACUGUCACCACGACCUGGCCCUGGACUAGCAGAUGUUUCUCAGUUUGACCAGUGGUUAACAGUACGACAUGAAGCUACUCUGCUACCCAUGCAGGAAGAUUUGUCCAUCUGGCUUACAGGAAUGCUGGGGAGAGAAGUUAAAUCUGAGCGAUUUAUGGAGGAGCUGGAUAACGGGGUGUUACUGUGUCAGUUGAUAGCAGUUCUUCAGAGCAAAGUCCAACAAUGCUGUGAAAAAGAAAAACUUAAGCAUUUUCCAUUGAAGAAAGUUCCCUUUAAGAGCAGUGCUUCAUCUGGAUCAUUCUUUGCACGAGACAAUACAGCCAACUUCCUCUGCUGGUGUCGUGAUGUUGGAGUAGAUGAGACUUACUUGUUUGAAUCUGAAGGCUUAGUUUUGCACAAAGAGGCAAGGCAAGUGUGCCUUUGUUUGCUUGAAAUUGGACGAAUUGUGUCAAGGUAUGGAGUAGAACCUCCUGCUCUAGUAAAACUAGAGAAGGAAAUUGAAUUGGAAGAGACGCUUUUGACCACCACAGAACCUUUAGUGCCAGCUAGCUCUCUGAAAGUAUGUUGCCAGUCUGGAGCAUUACAUGAAGCUGUUAAGCACAUUGCUGAAGAUCCUCCUUGCAACUGUUCACAUCGGUUUUCUAUAGAGUAUUUAUCUGAAGGGCGCUAUCGCCUAGGAGACAAGAUUCUUUUCAUUAGGAUGUUGCAUGGCAAGCAUGUAAUGGUUCGAGUUGGUGGAGGAUGGGAUACACUUCAAGGCUUCUUGCUGAAGUACGACCCCUGCAGAGAACUGCAGUUUUCAACUUUGGAGCAGAAAAUCUUGUCAUUUCAGAAAGGGGUCUCCAACUCCAGUGAAAAGCCACCACCAUCUCGAGGCAGACCUGUACAGCCUCCAUCCAUGAAUCCAAUGUCAGCAGUGAAUGUGCCACAUUUAAAUACAAAGUCUCGUUAUUUUCCUUCCACUGUGCCACGGAUUCUUCAAAAUGGUAAACAGUCUCCAGCAAGUUGCCCUGCAUCACCUGCCCAAUCUCCACGUGUAGCAAAUAAUGAACAAAAGAGUACUGUUAAAUCUUGCAAUUCAAACAGUUCCUUGACUCGCUCUAAGCUGAAGGACUCUGCAGCAAAAUCUUCUAAAUCUACUGUUAAAACUCCUCAGUCUUCAAAAAAGUUAGAGCCUCCAGUUAAAGGCUCCCAGGCCCCACGAUCUACAUCAAAGCCUCCUCAGUCUAUAACAAGAUGUCCUACCUCAUUUGCUGCAAGUUCAGAACCACUAAGAAUAUCCCCUAAAUCUGAAUCUGUAGCUGGAGCACCUAAACGUAAGUGUACACCAUCUACCACAGCUUUGGCUGCUUGUUCUGCAGCAUCUGGUUCAUCUGAAACCUCCUCAUUGAAGAAUGGAGUUCCUACUACAAAUCAGAAGACAUCAUCCAAGUAUAAAAAUUAUCCAUCCAGGUAUCUUUCUCCAUUUGCUUCACCAAGGCCAGGUUCAGCUAAAUCUGACUCAUCACUAAGAUCCCAUCCCGCAUCACCCUUGGCAGCAGUGGCUUCAGAGCAUAAUCAUGCACCUGUUAAAAAAACUUUUUUAGGGGCCAGUUCUUUGCAGUCAAAACCUUCUUCUAAGAGUCAGUCUCCUGCAUUAAUAUCUAAACCAGUUUCUAAUGUUGCAUGUUCUCAACAAGGACAAAGCCAUUCACCUAGAUUGCACCAUAAACAUGCAAAUACCUUGGAUAAGUUUUCACACGCUCCAGUUGUAUCGCCACAUUUGGGUUCUGCCAAGUUAAAAACCCAAAAUAAAGCUGUUCUUUCUGAUUUGCAGUCAUCCUCUUCUACACCUUUGCAUUCAUCUGCUAAAACUGUUCAGUCUAAACACACAUCAACUGAGACUUCUCAGAUUUCUACAGAAAAUAACCAGGAUAUCCUAGAGAACCCUAUUGUCACUUGUGCACCACUGCAAACAGAUCCAGGUAAUGUGAAAUCUCCUAGUCGGAUUCCUCUUGCAGUUGUGAAACUCCCCCAGUCUGUUGCCAAAGUACCACAAAAAGGAGGUAAGGCGGUAUUGACUACCGUAAAAACUCCAGCUUCUACAAUGAAAAACCAGCAGAAGAAUACAAAGGCUCCUGGAUCUUCUUUACGAAAAGUACCUCCAACCAUCAAGGAACAAACUUCUACUACUAAAGGUUCAGUUUCAGCAACAAAAAAAUCUACCUUAAAUGUUAAGAAAGAAGAUACUUAUUUUGUAAUGAAUGGAAAAGACAGAAAAAUUAAAUCCAAAUGUGCAUGUAUAAUGUAAAUAUUUGUAAUGGUGUUAGUUGAUGCAUUGUAGAAAAAUGUUUGCGUUUGUAAAUUCAUCUUAAGUUGUCAGUAGUUAAAAUGUUACUUUGUAAAAUGUUGCAUCAAAUAACACUAACCAUGUAGUACUUAAGGGAAGGCAGGCUACAUUGACAAUUUUAUCUUGUAUAUUGCUGACUCCAGAAAUUUGCACAGCUGUAGCACAUUUUAACUAAAUAUUUUUAUCUCGACUGACCAGCCUAAAGCAUCAUUUAGAUGGUGCAACUAGUUGCCUAGAUUUUUAUUGUUAUCCUGACAGUACUUCCAUUUUUAUGGAAGUGAAUGUAUUGUAAGUUAGUCUAGCAAUAUGCAGACUGAAAGUAUAGCUUAAGUGUGGGAUCAUAUUUUUGGGGUUGAGGUGGGCUGGAAAUUUAGGCCUUAAUCUGUUUUGAGAAUUUAUCACAAAAGUAGCUAAUGUCUUGUGACAUACCAAAAUAAAAUGCUUAGCUGUUUUUAAAUAUCAUGUGGGGAAAAAAGCAUUAUAUUUAUGUUCAGCAAUAGAUUGACACUGUACCUGUCUUUGUCAGGAUGUAGGUUUAUGCCUAGCUGAUUUUGACAGAGACCAUUUGGUUGUUGCUGUUUGAUUGAAGUGAACUUUAAUUUGUGGAAGGAGGAUUACUUCUCACACUCCCUCUGCAGGUUAGAUAUUCUCUAUCACCCACUUAUGUGUUACAAACUCUGGGGUUGUUGUAGCUUGAGGAAAAUUGCAGCAACCUGAAAUUUAAACAAUCGAGCCCCAAAAAACUCUUACCUGAUGAGCCUGCCUUUGACUAAAUGUAGAAAUCCCCUUCCCUUCACAGCAAUGUUUUAUGUAAGAAAAAAACUAUAUAUUUUCUUUGUGUAAAAAAUAUAUAUUUAGUGUAGAGAAAAUGGCACUCUUACUUUUAUUUUCCUUUUACUGUUUGAUCUGUGAUGCCUAUUCUGUUUCUGAUGAAACAAGUAUAGCUCUGUUUAAAUAAAGGAAAAAAAAAAUGAGAGAGCAACACAGUCAGAAAUGGCAAACAUUUUACAUCUAAAAUGUAAUCUGUAUUGAUUGAAGACUAGUCCAGUUAUGGUACCAAGUUUGUGCUGUCUUCACUGUCUUUACCUAAAAGUAAUGCAUUUACAGUGUGUGAUCUUCUUUUGGAGUCUUUCAGUAUCCUUUUCUCUGUCCACUGUAUCCCUUGUUGCACUUGAGGCCAGCAAGGAACGGAACAGAUAUGUUUUUAGUUACUCCUCUGCAUGUAGCUUCUUUUCGUCUGCAUUAGUCUAAGAUUGGGCUUGGUUGCACCUGCAUUACAAGUACAUAUUACUCUGAGAAGGACUACUGCAUUGUUGCAGUACAUAGGCUUCUCUCUUACAUUUGUACAUCUUUUGUCACCCUGCCCUUUUGAUCAGUAUGAAUAUCUUCCUGCAAGACAGCAGCAUAGUUGUGCCACUGGUUUUCCAUCUGCAUUAAUGGUACCUGCCUUGCUGUUUUGCUAUGUCAGCUUGCAUGCUCCUUUUUGGGAAGAGGUCCAGGUACACUACCACCUUCACACUCUCCUUCCCCAGUAUGGAACUUACACUUCAUGACUGAUUAACCUAACCUUAGAUCUAUCUGACUCAGAAACUACUGCUGGGUUGCUCCCUUGUCAGACACCAAAACAUUUUUUUACUGAAAUUUGGCCUUUUUUGCAAGACAAGCCAUAUCCUCAACUAGUAAACAUACUUAUUUUCACCCUGUUGGAAUAUUAUAGUUUCUGUUUUCUAAUGUGUUAAGAUGUUUCUGGUGCACUAUAUAUAUUUUAUUGCAUUAUUUAUAGGAAAAAUAUGCAAUAUUUUACAUCUAAAAUGUAAGAAUAUUUGUCAUUUUCUGUC